AUGGAAUUCCAUAAGAACGUCGACAUAGAACAGCUGCAACCUAUGAGUAGCUACAGGAUUGUGGAAUCGAAUCAGAGGACGAGCUGCACCUUCGCACCGUGGGAGCGAGCGACAGAGGGGGAUCGGGCGAGCAUUGCGGGCCACGGUGUUAUGGCUACCCGCAACUCGCUACUCGUUACUCGACUUACCUAUCAGAUUGAGGGAGACCUGCUUCUGACUUGCGACCUCCUUCAAACGUUACUGCAGAAGAUCGACAGUAGUGAAGAGGCCGUUCAUGACGAGGCUGUUCGUCAGGUCGUAGAGAUGAUCAAUGAGGCCUUGAAGGUCUUCUCGAGAUCAACAUCGCUCUCGGCGACGGGUCUAUAUCGUGCCUUCGCCAAGGGGAAAUCGUGGCUGGUCAUUGAAGGAUCCACCUUAGACAAGCACCUCCUCUUCGCCCUACAUCGCAUGGUGAAAAAGACGGGGGGUAUCAAAGGUCUGUUCGUUCAUGUCGACCCCGGCCGCUCUGGUCCUGCAAGCCACUUGAUCAAGUUCCCAAUGUCAAAGAUCAAGAUGGUCAACUAUGAGGUUGUGGAGGUUCUGGCUCCCCUGUUUGUGCGGGAACCCUGCCCGCUCUCGGUCGAAACGAAGGAGCAUCACUUCGUGGUCGAGUUCGGGAUACUUGCAGGUGCUUUCGUUACCGCUACGGAUGCAAUCUGGCCGGAUUGGAAGGCAGCGACGGCGACCGCAGCAGCGACCCAGGCUCAGCUGCGCUCGCUUGUCCCGAUAGGCGAGCUGUCAUCGUUCAUGAUCAAGACGACGGUUGCGGGUCCGCUUGUCAUCGCUGGCCCUUCCGAACGGGUGAAGGAACAGAGCGGCGAGGAAAAGGACAAGGAGCGUAAGAAACGGCAGGCCAAACGUCGCGCUAUCGAGAGGAGAAGGGAGAAAGCCGAGCAGAGGUGGAAAGAUCAGCUCGCAAAGUUGGCGGCGGAAGAUGAGGAGGACGACAAGGUGAAGGGCGACGGCGAGGUGAAUGAUGAUGAAGAGGAUGAGCUUGCGCCUUGA